UGAACCGAGAACAACUUUUGCGUCUUAUGUCAGUUACUAACAAACUGCGUUUAGAGCUUCAGAAAUUCAAAAUUUGGUGUAAAGAAAAUUUAAGUCAAAAUGGUUAAACGUGUGGAACAUCCGCGUUCGCAAGACCAAAUGUACUUCAGUCCAAAGUUGGACUACAACAAUAUCCUCGACAAGUUGAGCGACGAGUUUUAUAAGUUGUACUCGUCCAACGAAUCCUCGCCGUCCCACGGACUGGAAGACUACGAUAUUAAGGCCACUCUGGGAGUUGGGUCCUUCGGCAAGGUACAGCUCGUAAGGGAGAAGAGCUCCGGCGUCUACUUCGCUGCCAAGGAGCUCAACAAGGAUGAGAUUGUCAAGAACAAGCAGGUGAUCCAUGUGAUGAGCGAGAAAAUGGUGCUGCGCUCAAUGCUGUUUCCCAACGUUGUGCAUCUUGUGGCCUCCUACAAGGACUUUGACAGUCUAUACCUUGUUCUUCCCCUGAUUGGAGGUGGCGAGCUCUUCACCUACCAUCGAAAGGUACGCAAGUUCAAUGAGAAGCAGGCUAAAUUCUACGCGGCCCAAGUAUUCUUGGCUCUGGAAUACCUGCAUCAUUGCAGCUUGCUCUACCGAGAUCUUAAGCCAGAGAACAUAAUGCUGGAUAAGAACGGUUACCUUAAAGUGACCGACUUUGGAUUUGCAAAGAGGGUGGAAACCCGUACGAUGACUCUCUGCGGAACUCCAGAGUAUUUGCCGCCGGAGAUCAUUCAGUCUAAGCCCUAUGGAAAAAGCGUAGACUGGUGGUCCUUCGGUGUGCUGGUCUACGAGUUUGUUGCCGGAUUCACCCCCUUUGCCGUCCACAGUCGGGACGUGAUGGUCAUGUACACCAAGAUCUGCGAGGGCGAGUACAAAAUGCCCAACUUCUUCAGUGAUGAAUUGCGUCAUCUAAUAUUCCAUCUUCUUAUGGUGGAUCUCUCCAAGCGCUACGGGAACCUGAGCAAUGGCAAUCGGGACAUAAAGGAGCACGAGUGGUUCAAGGAGGUGGAGUGGAUACCGAUCCUCAACCAGACAGUAAAUGCGCCUUAUGUGCCCAACAUCAGCAAUCCAGAGGACAUAUCCAACUUCGACAAAAUCAACGAAAAGCCGCGUCCAAAGUCCACGGUUAUGCGUCACGAGGAGAUGUUCAAGGAUUUUUAA